CAUUUUUGCCUCUCCCCAUCUCACCCACUACCUCUCCAGAUCAACGAAUCCACCAUCAUCUCUCUUUAAUGGCGUAUGCAGGAGGAAGAUGCAGAAGCCCGUAUAUCCACUCUCCUCCUCUUGCUUCUCGUCUUUGCCUCUUUUGAAGCUUUCGAGAGAUCGAGAUCUCAAAAUCGUGCAAUCUGUGUUGGUGGUGAUUAGAGGUGAUCAUCAAGCUGGCAUAACAGAUCCCAAUGGUCAUCUUCGCCCGACAUCUAAUCCAGAUUCGGCGAUGAUGUCUGCGUACCAGAUUCAGGGCUGGAACGACAGUGGCUCCUGCAAAUUUUGUUGGUGUUGCGAUUACGUUGACGUCUUAGCUUAAUGUCUUCAAUGAAUUGGUACUAGAGGAGAUUUAUGCUUGCUCUCGGCCUUGUAGUAUAUCUUUCCAAUUUCGACUACUUCUUCAUUGGAUAUUGGUCAUAUUGAAGUAGUCGUUCCAACAAAUAGAAGAAACCAUCGCCAAUUUCGACUACUUCUUCAUUGGAUAUUGAUCAUAUUGAAGUAGUCAUUCCAACAAAUAGAAGAAACCAUCGCCAGAGUUGAGGAUAGCGACGUUUGGUUCCUGUUGAUCUCUCAAGGAGAAGGAACGAUCUUCAUCGCCGCUAGUACCGUGAUUGUGGUGUCAUGGUGCGAUCAAUUGAGGGUUCUCUCCCACGAAUCAAUUGGAGGGUUUUGGAUGCAUUGCAGUUUGAAUUUGACGUUGGAAACUUUGUAUGCCAGAGUUUCGAUGAUGUGGUGGCUGUUACACUAGGAUCAAAUCCAUAAUUACAAGGCGGUCGUGGAUGACUGAUGAGUUUGGUGGAGGGUGAGAUGGGGUCGGCGGGGAUGAUUUGAUGAGACGACAUGAAGUUGUUGAGAUGGUGAGGAGUUUCAUGGAUUCGAAGAACAAUGAAGUGAAGGAAAUGAGAGAGAGGGCGCUAGAGCUCAUUGGAGUUUGUGGCAGUUGUGAAGAUCUGGACCGAGGUGAAGACAGGUUCCGUCUCGGUGAGUAAGAAGAGGAAGUGUCGUAUCAGGUCAAAUAGAGGAAGGAGAGGAAGGGUCGGGUCACGGGUCGGGUCAAGGUGGUUGUUUUAUGUGACAAGUUUUAAUGAUGUAGCGGGUCAGGUAUAAUUUUUUUGGGUUAAAAUAUGUCGACUAGAAGUUUUUGUUAGUCACGAUUGCAAAAAAAUAAACGGUGUUAACAAAC